UAGUAUUUUUAGUUUACAGCAUUAAUUCAAGAGUGCAGGGUGUGUGAACUGCGCUUGCACAGAUGUGUAUAUAACAAACAACAAUAACAUAAGAAUAGAAAUAAAAUUCUUUUAUUUUCUGUUAUAAAUUUGGUGCGAAAAGUGGACUUAAAAUAAUAAAAACAAAACUAAAAUUGGUUUUAUACAAUCCAAUUAUAUUCAAAAUAUCUUUAAAACAAAAUUAAAGGAAAAUUUUGUGAACUAACGAAAACUAAUUCGGCAAAUGAGAGGAACAAUGUGAAGAAUACAGAUUUUGGCUUUUUGUUUACGUUUAUUUUCAAUAUGUAUUGCAGUGUAUGUGCCAUUGUGUAAAACAAGUAUAAUAGAAAGAAAAAAGAAACGCAUUGAGAAAAAGUGCGAAACAUGAGUGAGCGCAGUGAGAGAGAAUACCAGAGAACUUUUAAUAUAGCUGUUCUGUUUGCUUUUGUUUCAAAGGAAAAUAUUCUAUUGUAAAAAAACAGAAAAAAAAAUUAAACAAAAAAAUAGUGAUUACAGAAAAAUAAUGCUGUGCUUAGUGAAGUUGUAGAAAAUUCCUGUAAUAAUACCUCAAUGUACCGGUAAAUAGAGUUAGUAAUAAUUGCAAAUGAAAAUUUAUUUAAAAGAUAGGGUCUUGAAUACAGUGGGAAAAACUUAAAUAGAAAAAAAUAAAAUGUUGUUACCUCCGUUAACAUUUAACAGAAGCCGGUUACAGUCUCUGUCCCUGGGAAUACUGUUAUUAUAUAUGGUAACCGGCUGUCAAAGCCAUUUGAAUUUGUAUCUGAAUCCGCAGGAAGUAAUGCGUCUAUUAGGUGUAUCAGCUGAAGUAUAUUAUGUGCGUGACGGUCAAAUCAACAAUUACGCCUUGAAUUUUAUAGUACCGGUGCCGGCUAAUAAACGUGAAAUCAGUUUUACUUGGCAAAGUUUGGCCGGUCGUCCGCUGCCUUAUAGCAUCAAUGUAUUGACUUCAGAUCAAACAGUGUUGCCACGUCCCUCGCUUAACAUCUCACAAAUCGGAGAGAUUCCCACGAGCGUACAGACUUUUUCAAUUGGUAUGAAAUGUUCAGGUGUACGAGCGGCCGAAGUAGAUGUCACCAUUUCCAUUGAAGUCAUAUUAAAUCGGGCUCUAAACAAUGUAACUCAUUUAGUUUUUCGUCGAAAGAAAAUCUGUUUACUAGCGGAGGAAGAACAGGAAAGUAAUCUUGAUGAUCCCUUAUUGCUGGAAACACUAGUACCGCCUCCCACAGGCCUUAUUACCCUAGCAGUGGGAAGCGUUUUAGCUUUUGCUUUAGUUCUAAUACUUCUAGUCGCCGCAUACUGUGUGCGCGGUUCAGCGAAACGACAAAAUCACGGUCAACCCAUGCGAACUUCAAGUUUUCAAAGGUUAAACACUAAUCCACCGUGCCAAUCUGCUUCGUAUAUAACACCGUCUGUAAUAGCGCCCAUACAUAAUUCACUGCCACGAAAACUUGAACCUCAGCAACCGGAAGAAUUGCAUCGUCGUAUAUCAGAACUUACUGUAGAGCGUUGCCGUGUUCGACUAUCAAAUCUUUUGCAAGAAGGUACUUUUGGCCGUGUUUAUCGCGGCACUUACAACGAAAAUCAAGAAGUUCUAGUUAAAACUGUCGCGCAACACGCCAGUCAAAUGCAAGUCUCUCUACUGCUACAGGAAGGCAUGUCCCUAUAUGGAGCCUCCCAUCCUGGCAUCCUAUCUGUUUUGGGUGUUUCGAUUGAAGAUCAUACGACGCCCUUUGUUUUAUACCCAGCCGCAAACAAUGCAAGAAAUUUAAAAAUGUUUCUAUUAGAUCCUUCUUGUGCCCGAACUAUUACUACCAUACAAAUUGUACAGAUGUGCACUCAUCUAUCAACUGCUUUAAGUCAUCUGCACAGUCAUGGAGUUGUCCAUAAAGAUAUUGCUACGAGAAAUUGCGUAAUCGAUGACCAAUUGCGCGUAAAAUUAUCAGAUAGCUCACUAUCACGAGAUUUAUUCCCCGGUGAUUAUAAUUGUUUAGGUGAUAGUGAAAAUCGUCCUGUUAAAUGGAUGUCAUUAGAGGCAUUGCAGCAGAAACAGUUCUCAGAGGCAAGCGAUUCCUGGUCUUUCGGAGUGCUGAUGUGGGAACUGUGUACAUCAGCCAAAACGCCCUACGCCGAAGUUGAUCCUUUCGAGAUGGAACAUUAUCUAAGAGACGGCUAUCGCUUAGCGCAGCCUUUCAAUUGCCCAGACGAGCUUUUUACCAUAAUGGCUUACUGUUGGGCUCUGUUGCCAAAUGAACGUCCAACGUUUUUGCAAUUACACGGCUGUUUAUCAGAAUUUUAUGCUCAAAUUACACGUUACGUGUAAUUUGCGGUAUGUACAUGUAUACUCGGCCAACCAAUACUCUUCAUAAAUACUGCUUCUUCUCGUUCUCUCUUCUACACUACUAUGCUCCAUUUCAUACACUAUUACUAUUAUUACAACUUUAUCUAACGAAACAAGAACCAUUUUAUGUUUGGUAUUACGUUUGUUAAUAUUUUCCUCUUUAAAGCGGAUCUAUAGUUGAUAAGUGUUUAGUACCAAAAUCCUCCAUUAGUUUACGAAUAAGAGAAAAAAAAUUGAAAAA